AUGGAGCCCAAGCCGAAGCGAAUCAAAAUCGAUGUGGCAUGCGAGGCAUGUCGGAGGAGGAAAGUGAAGUGCGAUGGGGCGCGCCCAGCAUGCGGAAAUUGCUGGAAGAGGACGGACCUGAGAAAUGGCUGUACCUACAGCUCAGAAACCCCAGAAAAGCCGCUUCCUGCUAGGGAAAGGACUUCAGAUGUCAGCCCGGGCAACCCUCAGACGACGUUGCCCAGCAUUCUCCAUACCCCAGAAGCAACCUUUGCGCAACCUCGUCUGCCUCCCGGUCCCCGGCCCAAUGCCACGCCAAAGUCGACGACAUCGUCCGGUCCAGACCUGACAAGGCGAGGCCGGAUGGAUCGCCAUCCCAUCACCCCGUCCGAUGCAAGUCCCUCGGUCGUCGAUUCGAUGACAACUGUGCGGGAGGAUGGCACAGUGACUGGCGAGUACUUCGGUAGCAGCAGUGCAGGCUCCUUCACCAACCAGAUCAAGGCAGCGAUAGAUGCCAAACUGGGAUCGGCAACGGAGACUAGGGGACCAAGGGGCUCUAUCUUCAAAUCAUCACUCCCUUUGAAUGGAGGAGGCCCAGGGGGGCAAGCUGACUACGUGCUUCCAGCGCGUAAGCAGGCAGACCACUUGACGGACCUAUACUGGUACUAUGUUGAUCCUCUGUAUCCCUUUCUGGACCGCCAACGGUUUGACCAUUCGUAUCGCGCUCUCUUCGCUGGUACAUCACUUGAUGCGGAUGAACGAGUAUUCGUGAGCAUACUUAACAUCAUAUUUGCUCUCUCUACCCAACUGAUCGAGUCUAUGCCGCCUGAGCAAAGGGACUCGUCAAGUCAUGGGUACUUCACACGUGCUCAGGACUUACUGCAACUUAGUCUUUGGGAUACAGGGUCUGUUGAACUCAUUCAGUGUUUGCUCAUCAUGAGCCAAUAUUUGCAAAGCACAAACAAUCCUCAUCAGACUUGGAUGAUUGUGGGAUCCUGCGUGAGGAUCGCACAGGGCUUGGGCCUUCACCUUCCGGAGACUGCGUUGGAACUUUCAAGUGAGCCCGAGAGAGACUUGGUCAGACGAAUAUGGCAUGGGUGCAUUCUCAUGGAUCGGAUGAUUGCCAUCACGCAUGGUCGACCAGCAAUGAUCUCAGAUCAUCUGGCAUCGACUGUAGUUCUUCCUCCGAUACCAGACGGAGACGCCCAAGGCGGAAACACCGUUGAGCUGCAUCGUCUCAGGUAUCAGGGCUUCUUCGUGAAGUCGCUAGAAUUGUACGAGGUCAUCAACCAAGCGGUUCUUGCUUUCUACACCACUUCACCUAGAUUAAAGUCACCCACAUCACCCAGUCAUCUAGGCCAGCAUUCUCAAGAACGACAUGAACUUGAUCUAGGUGUUGCCUUGCAGCUGGAUCAGCGCCUCACGAAGUGGGAAAAGAACACACCGUCGUUUCUGGCCAUGGCUGAGCCAGAGACCCAGUUAGAUGAGGUCUUUCGUAGACAGGCUGUCAUUCUUCGGAUACGACUUCUUCAUGCUCGAAUGUUACUGCUGAGACCAAUGCUCACACGCUUCUGUUUGUCUCAAUGCCCCGACUCAACACAAGCCCACGACGACCUCUCGUCUCGCGUCAUGCAGCAGUGCGCUAUGGUCUGCGUCGAGGCAGCGCAAAGCCUCAUCUCAGUCAUUGUCCAAUUCCAACGACACGAUGGCACGCUCGGUCUUCUUCCCGCUUGGUGGUAUCGGGUGUUCUACAUCUACACAGCCGCCACUGUUCUCAUUGCAGCUAGACUACGCCCAACGGUCUUCUCUUCACUCGACAUUUCCAAAUCCUGGAAUCAGGCCAUGGCUCUUCUACACGAUCACGAAAGCCUCGGACCUUCACCCAAGAGAUGUGCUGCGGCACUCCAGAUUUUAUCGACCAAGAUGUUUCAGGAGCAACCGCAAACAACAACAAUCACCAACUCUGAAACCAAUCCAGCCAUGCCAGCUGUUCCCAGCGAACAAGAGACCUUCGACAUGCCAUUCACGUACAUGGCACAAGACGCAGCAUUUGACAUGGAUGCAAUAUCAUUUGAUGUCAAUGACUUCUCCUGGCUAAAUAGUAUGCCAGGAAGUCUCUGA